AUGUGCCUCAAUCUUAAAAGCUGCUCCUUUGUACAGGUAAAUGCUGGACUUUCUGCAUUAGAAGAUGCCUUGAAAGCAGGAUAUGAAAAUUUCAAGCGAAUUCGCAGCGAUCCAGACUUAGCCAAUGUUAGAGCAUCAGAAGAAUUUGAGGCCCUUAUGAAGAAGUAUGAUGAGUCUUUCAUAAACGAGAAUGCCAUCAAUGCAAUCAAAUCCCUUUUCGGCAUAUUCAACAAGAAAUGAUUAUCAAUCAUACUGAAGAGGCCAACAAAUCAGGCUUUUUUGCCAUUGUUUCUUAACUUCGAUCACCAUGUGGUAAGAAAAAGAUACCUCAAAUACCAGAACUUGCUUCUGUGUAUAGUUUUUAUUUUUUUCUGGGAGGGUUUGAAGAGAUAUAAUCAUAUAGGUUUUAGUAGAGCCAUUCAUAUCUCAAAUUUUAUGUCUUCAUUGUUCUUCUAUUGUGUACCAUCUUGAUUUCUGAAAAAAAAAAAAAGAAUAUAUUUUUCAUAUA